GGCUUCCGCAUGGGUGCGAAAAGGGAGGCCACCGGCGGUCCCGCAGUGCUGGACAGGCGCGUUCCGCCGCUCCGGGAAACGAAGCUAUCGGCAGCGAGAAUAUGCUGGUUGCUCUGUCGGCUACAAGCACUCCCUGGGGACAUGGACCACUCAGCGGAUGCAUCCGGGCUCCUGGAAGGCUCUGAUGUUGGGUCUCAGAAAGAGAGAGUGGUGACAGAGGAGGAAUGGCUACAAAGAUGGGAAAUGGGUGACAUCGGAUUUCACAAGGAACAAGGGCAUCCGCUCCUCCAAAAGUACCUGGAUGUUCUUUUAAAUGGCAGGAGUGGACUGAGGAUAUUUUUCCCACUUUGUGGUAAAGCAGUAGAGAUGAAAUGGCUGGCAGACCUGGGGCACAGUGUUGUUGGUGUGGAAGUCAGCGAGCAAGCGGUGAAGGAAUUUUUUUCAGAACACAGUCUGCCUUAUUGUGAGGAGCCAGUCCCUGAGAUUUCAGGAGCAAAAAUGUUCCAGAGUACCUCUGGCAACAUUUCCCUCUACUGCUGCAGUAUUUAUGAUUUGUCCAGCUCGAUAGUUGGCAAGUUUGAUGGGGUUUGGGACAGAGGAGCUCUUGUAGCUGUGAAUCCAUGUGACAGACAAAGCUAUGCCAGUUUGAUGAUCAGCUUAGUGGAGAAAAGCUCUUCUUAUCUCCUCGUUACGGUUUCAUACGAUCCAAACAAACACAAAGGCCCACCAUUUUAUGUUCCUGAAUCUGAAAUUAAAAGUUUAUUUGGCAACUGCUGUGAAAUUAGGUGUCUUGAAAAAGUUGAUGACUUCUCGGAGAAGCACAGACAAUGGGGACUAGAUUAUUUUCUGGAGGUGCUGUAUCUACUAAAGUUUGUAGCUUGAUUAAAACUUAUUAAAAUAACUUAUCUCCCA